AUGGACGACCUAUUGACGGGUGCAGACACACUGGAACAAGCUCAAAGGAUAUAUGAUGAGAUGAAUGGAUUGCUUGCUGUUGGCAAGUUUCAUUUACAAAAAUGGAACACUAAUGAUGCAGAUCUUUUGAGUUACAUGAAAAGUACCAAUAAUGAAGUCACAGAGAUAGAGUUUCAGUUGGAAGGUACUAUCAAGACACUAGGUAUUGUAUGGGACAGAAUCAAAGAUGAAUUCCAGUACUUGGUAGAUAUUCCGGAUGUGACAUCUCCUGUAACAAAGAGAUCUAUCGCACGAGAUGUAGCUAAAUUGUUCGACCCAAUGGGAUGGCUUGCACCCGUCAUCAUUAUUGGCAAGAUAUUUCUUCAAAAAUUAUGGCUCACAGGCAUAGCUUGGGAUCAGGAUGUGCCGAGUGAAAUAUUACAUGAUUGGCUCAAGUUUAAGGAAGAAUUACCUUCUCUAUCUAAUAUUACUGUAGAGAGAUGGUUGCACACCACUAGCACAAAUACCAAACUGGAACUCUUUGGAUUCUCAGAUGCUUCUACUGUAGCAUACGGGGCUGUAGUAUAUGCAAGAGUUACAGAUUCUGAUGGUAAAAUUCACAUUCAUCUAAUUUCAGCUCGAACUAAGGUGGCUCCGGUAAAAACGGUAUCCCUGCCACGCUUGGAGUUGUGUGGAGCAGUCUUACUGACUCGACUACUCAUUGAGAUUGCAGAACAACUGAACAUUGCAAAGGAAUAUAUCUAUGCAUACACGGACUCGAGUGUUGUAUUGUCAUGGCUACAGAGUCAUCCAAGCAAAUGGAAGACAUUUGUUGCAAAUAGGACUUCUGAGAUAAUAACUUCUUUGCCUAGUCACCAUUGGUAUCAUGUGGCAUCUAAAGAGAAUCCCGCCGAUUUGGCGUCUAGAGGGGUUACUGCAUCUAAAUUAAAGGAACAAAACUUAUGGUGGAGAGGGCCAGAAUGGCUAACAAAAGGAAUUAUAGAGCAUAAGAUGACAGAGCCAGACUUAAAAGAAGCUGAAGUAGAACAGAAGGUAGUAAAAGUUUUAAAAACUCAGAUUGAUGACAAUUUUUCACAAAUAUUUACACGGUUUUCUACACUGACUAGACUCCAGAGGGUCAUUGCAAUCUGUAAACGAUUCAGACAUAUAAAGACGAACAAGUUUCCUAGUUAUCUUACAGUUGAAGAAUUAAAUAACGCUUUGAUGACUUGCAUCCUUAUAUGUCAGUAUGAAGAGUUCUCCAUAGAUAUAGAUUAUUUAAAGGAAAACAAAGCUGUAAAGAAAUGCAGCAAACUACGUUCUCUUACACCGUUUUUAGAUGAAAACGGAAUGUUAAGAGUAGGAGGUCGUUUACGUCAUGCUAAUAUUCCCGAAGAAGCUAAACAUCAAAUAAUUCUACCUGAUUGUCAUCCUGUAUCCAAACUGAUUGUAGCAGAUGCACAUAAAAAGACCUUGCACGGUGGUCCAACCCUCAUGUUAAGUUAUUUGCGGCAAAGGUAUUGGAUUCUUGGUGUUAAGAGAAUGAUCAAACAAGAAGUACACCGAUGUAUUAUCUGUACGAGAUAUCGUGCAACAGUUAAUAAUCAAUUAAUGGCCGAUUUACCCGAACAGAGGGUUACACCCACAAGAGCUUUUUUACAUAGCGGCGUAGAUUUUGCUGGUCCUAUUGAUCUACGUAUAUCAAAAGGACGUGGAUGCAAAACUUCUAAAGGAUAUUUAUGUAUAUUUAUAUGUAUGUCUACAAAGGCUAUUCAUAUUGAAAUUGUAAGUAGUUUAGAGAGUGCUGAUUUUAUUGCGGCCUUUAAACGAUUUACCGCUCGGCGAGGACACUGUCGCCAUAUGUGGAGCGAUAAUGCCACUAAUUUUAUUGCGGGUAACAAAGAAUUGCGAGCAUUAUUAAAAGAACAAUUAGACACUUUAAAUGGAGAAAUUUUGGAUAUGCUUGCCAGAGACGGCACUGAAUGGCAUAACAUCCCACCAGCUGCACCCCAUUUCGGGGGUUUAUGGGAAUCUGGAGUGCGUUCUAUUAAAUUCCAUUUAAAAAGAAUUAUUGGCAAUUCCACACUGACGUAUGAAGAGAUGGCUACGGUUACCAGUCAAAUUGAAGCCUGCUUAAACUCUCGUCCCAUAUCGCAGAUUAGUGAUGAGAUUAAUGAUUUACAACCUCUAACACCCGGCCAUUUUUUGAUCGGGGAGCCGCCAAUUGUAGUACCGGAAAGAUCUUAUUUAAAUGAUAAUAUAAAUAGGUUGAGCCGUUGGCAAUUAGUACAGAGGAUGGUGCAACAUUUUUGGGAUCGAUGGGCUCGCGAAUAUUUAAGCAGACUUCAACAGAGGCCGAAAUGGACAAAGAGGCACGACAAUGAUGUUAAAAUUGGCGAUCUUGUUAUCGUGAAGGAAGAAAAUUUGCCUCCCGGGAAGUGGUCCCUCGCCAGAAUAAUUAACGUACAUCCCGGAGAUGAUGGCUUGAUUCGUGUACCAUGCCACGACGCUAGCCAUACUCACUACGCCGACUUACAGUUCAACAUAUUACCAGCCAAUAAUGGAAUCAGUACUCAACCAAAUGAGCCCGUUCGUACGACGUCCGAAAGCCCGUAUUCAGAAAUAGUCGGUGUCAUAGAGCCUACAAUAAGAGUGCGUGACAAUUAA